GACGAGAAAAUGCAUGUAAGCUGCUCUAAAUGUUUGUGUGGGAAUGGUUGACUGCAGAAGCCAAAGAACAAGCAAAACAGGCUAAAUUCGAUCGGAUUCGGUCCCCAUUGAAGCAUAUCCUUUCGAUGACGAAGAUCCUAGAUGAAUCGUGCAUCAUGAGCAUGAGCAAGACAAGCACUGGUGAAGAGGAUCAACAACUUCUCAUAAUUUCGAAUCGCGAUCGUAUCAAAACAGACAGUCAUGAAGUUUGCCUUUGCCCUCUCCCUCUUCCUCGCCGGUACCGAAGGAUUCGCCCCCGCGAAGCCCGGUACGACGCUCUCCACGGCCCUCCAGUCCUCGUCGAGCUACGAAAACGAGCUCGGAGCCAUUGAUCCUGUUGGCUUUUUCGACCCCGCGGGCCUCACGAGCAACAUUGACGAAGAGACUUUCCGCCGUUAUCGUGCCGGCGAAAUCAAGAACGGUCGUGUCGCCAUGCUGGCUGUCAUUGGGUACAUUGUUCCCGAGUUUUACCGCUUCCCCGGAGAGCUCAUGCCUGGACUCGCCUUUAAAGAUAUUCCCAACGGCAUCGCCGCCGUCAAUGCUAUUCCGUCCAUCUUUUGGAUGACGACUUUCUUUGCCAUUGGUAUGGUGGACUACCUCAAUUCGGAUAACCUCGGCUAUCACGAGAUCGCCCCUGGUCCGGAAAUGGAUGAGGAAACCAUGAACACCCGCCGCACUAACGAGGUCAGCAACGGCCGCCUCGCCAUGCUGGCCUUCUUUGAGCUCCUUCGCCACGACUGGCAGAACACUGUCCAACCUGGCUUUGAUGGCUUUGACAGACUCAUCACCGGCCUUCCCUUUCUUUACAACUAACGGGAGUCUCGUUUGCGUCGCUCGCUGCGUUCGAUACCGCAGCUGGCCAGUGACCUUUGGGGGGUAGAGACCACAAAUCCUAUUUGGAGAUGAGGAACUCCUUCCUGUAGUAAUGCUGUACGUUAAGCCAAAAUUUGCAUUGCUCAACAAGGGCAAGUCUG